GAAGGCGCUGCACUCGACGACGGGGCUUUUGGGCGCCGGCGACGGUGGACGCGUCCCGAGCGGCUGCCCCGACGUUACUGACGUGACAGGCGACGCAUCGCUCGCAGCCCUCCCGCGAAAACAGGCACGCCGGCCGUACACAAGCAACAUGGCCCAGCAGAUCUGCGAGGAGGACGCCGUCAUCCAGCAAUUACGGGAGAGCCGGACGGAAGACGAGCAGUAUUUUGAUGUGCACUUCGGGGGCUUACCUGCGGCUCUGUACAGGGAUGAGGAGGACGUGCCGCCGUACGACAGCAACCUGGACGAGCCGAUCGUCUGGUUGAGGCCCGGUGAGUUAUGUAGGGACCCGCAGUACUUUGUGGAUGGGGCCAUUGGUGUCUCUGGAUGCGUGGUCGAAGGUCGCAAUGGAGAUGGGUGGCUGUUAGGGGCCAUGGCUGCUUUAUGGGGCCAUCCCGAGUACUUGAUCGAAAACUUGUUCGGUUCUGAUCCAGACGACUUCCAGGAGUGGGGCGUCUACACGUGUCGGUUUUACAGGGAAGGCUCGUGGGUGGAGGUCUGUGCGGACACGCGGAUGCCGGCGCUGUCUGGAUUUACGGCAGCAGAGGGCGAGGAGCCGACGGGGCCCCAGUGCCUGUACGGGAGAUGUGUGGACCCGCGGGAGCAGUGGGUUCAAUUAUUAGAGAAGGCCUACGCCAAGGUUCUGGGGAGUUACGAGGCCCUGUCCAAAGGUAGUGUGACGGAAGCCCUAGUGGAUCUCACGGGAGGCUCUGGAGAAGAAAUUCUACUGAAUGAAGACUCCGCGAAGAAAACUAGUACAUUAUUCGAGGAAUGUCAAGAUUAUCUCGAGAACAAGCACGUCCUCUGCGUCACGGCCGACCCAGCAAACAACGGCCAGGGCGGCGUGCCCUCGCCGGAUUUGAAACAGACGGCUUUAGGACUAUUACCGGGCCACGCGUACGGUGUGAUGCAGUGCAUCCAGGUGGAGGACAAGAAACUCGUGAGGUUGCGGAACCCGUGGAGCGGGAGGGGCGGCACGUGGAAGGGCCCCUGGGCCGACUCGUCGUCGCAAUGGGAGGACUUCCCGGAGGUGCUCGAUGAGUGCCUGAAGCAGGCAAGCGGCUGGACGCGCGAGGAGGACGGCAUCGACCAGACCGAUGGUUCAUUCUUCAUGGAGUUCUCCGACUUCUGCAGCAAGUUCGACACGCUGCAUUUAUGCCGCUUGUUCGACGACAAACAGUACAAGCAGUAUAAAGUUUUAAGUAGUUGGGCAGGCAAGACCGCCGCGGGGCCCGACGAGGGCGUCCCCGUGAGUACUGAUACGGGCUUCGCUAAGCUCAUCGCGGCGAAGGCGAAGCCGCGCACGGACAAGGACGCGUGCUGGUUCAACAACCCCCAGUUUCGGGUGGAAGUGAAGCACAAGUCUACAACUCAUAUUUCGCUGCUCCAGGGCCCGCCGAAGUCGGGCGAGCGCUUCGAGCUGUGCCUCGAAGUCAUAAGGGAGAAGAAGACGCCGGCCUUGCCGGGCCGCGUCUGGGAGCGCGGCGACGUCUACCGAUCUACAGAAGUCAACCAACCGGUCAUGCGGGAAGUGUCUCUAUCUAAUGUGGUAUUGGAGCCCGGUUACACCUAUUGUGUGGUAGCAAGAGCGGCAACAGAGAGAGGCCGGGAAGCGCCCUUCGCGUUGCGGGUCUUCUCGCCGAGGGAACUCGUGCUGCAGCCGCUCGACGAGUGCGAAUCGUCAUAUUUGCCAGGAAGCUGGAACGGCGCCGCCGAGGUCGAUUCCGCGGGCGGCGCGCCCUUCCAUUUUGAGAAAGAUCAAUUGAUCCCGAACCCGACGUUCCGCCAGUCGCCGCAGUAUUUCCUGAAUUUACCGGAACCACCACCAGACCACCCCAAGGCCACGACGGGCGAAGUGAACGUGACCCUCGUGCUACGACGGACGGACCCGACGCCGGACAAGGCCCAGAAGGCCCAGAUUGGGUUGUGUGUCUUCCGCGGGCCGGCGCCGGAAGUCGUUUUGGGCAAGAAACACAAAAAGACGGGCCCGAAGGUCAACGCGUUGGGUGAGAAACCGAAGGGCAAACCUAGUACAUUGAAAAAGAAGCGGCGCCAGGCGGCGCAACUGCUCGAUGGGUUGGCGGGCCCGCAGCACGGCUGGGACAACGAUCUUAGGUCAGAAGAUUCCAUCACGACGGCGCCGAAGAAGAUCGGCUUGUACCCGAGCGAGUGGCACCGUUUAAGCUCCUUCGGCAACGAGACCGUGGCCGUGCUACACUUACCGACGCUCGUCCGAUCAAAAUUCCCGCACGGCUUGGUCAUUACGCCGUGUUUGAGCGAACGAGGUAUUAGUGGACAGUACGUUUUAGAAUUGCAUGCGGACUGCCCCACUACUCUAGAAAUGAUAUCAGCUUCUAAGUCGAAAACACUAGCUGGCGAGUGGACCGCAAGACACGCGGGCGGGUCGCACCUCCAGCCGUCCUGGUCGACGAACCCUAUAUACAGAGUGCGGUUCGCGGAUCCCACCGCGAGGCCGCGGGUCCGCGUCGACCUGACGAGGCCCGCCGAGUACUGGAACUCCUCGGACGUCGUCGGCCGGAUGAUGGGCUUCUACAUCCACCGCGCCGACGGGCCGAACGGCACGGGUCCUUCCUUAGAUCCGGACCACUGCAUCAUGCACGUCGAUCCCAAUUUGAAAGAUGUGGAGCCGGAGCCCUACACGCAGUCGCCCUUUACACCUUUACAUACCGUGCAAACACCACAAGCUUUUAGAUUGGACAAGUCCGAGGAUCCCUUCUUAAUUGUGCCGGCGACGUACGCGCCGGGCCAGACGGGGCCUUUUUUUCUCUCGGUCACGAGCGACGUCGACUUCACGCUGACGGCGGCGCAGGGCUGCUCCGUGCCGGCGGAGCCUGUUGCGGCGGCGGCGACGGAGUAAGGGUGUCUAGCUA